UUGAAAAUGAAGGAGCGGUGAAGAGGAAGAAGAAAAGGAAGUUGUUAGCCGGCUAACUACAUUAGCACUCUUCUGGUUUUAAGCGUUUUGGUAAUGGCGCCUUUAGACCUUGAUAAGUACGUAGAAAUAGCGAGACACUGCAAGUAUCUACCGGAAAAUGAUCUAAAGAGAUUAUGUGAUUAUGUUUGUGAUUUACUGCUUGAAGAAUCAAAUGUUCAGCCAGUGUCUACUCCAGUGACUGUUUGUGGAGAUAUUCAUGGUCAGUUUUAUGAUCUUUGUGAGCUCUUCAGAACUGGAGGCCAAGUUCCAGACACAAAUUACAUUUUCAUGGGAGACUUUGUAGACAGAGGAUAUUAUAGCUUGGAGACAUUUACACAUCUGCUAGCUUUAAAAGCAAAGUGGCCGGACCGUAUCACACUUCUACGUGGAAACCAUGAAAGCAGACAAAUAACACAAGUGUACGGCUUUUAUGAUGAGUGCCAAACAAAAUAUGGAAAUGCCAAUGCCUGGCGGUAUUGCACCAAAGUGUUUGACAUGCUGACAGUGGCAGCUUUGAUAGAUGAGCAGGUCCUGUGUGUCCAUGGUGGUCUUUCACCAGACAUCAAGACAUUGGACCAGAUCCGCACCAUUGAACGCAACCAGGAGAUUCCCCACAAGGGAGCCUUCUGUGAUCUUGUGUGGUCAGAUCCAGAGGAUGUGGACACCUGGGCUAUCAGUCCACGAGGUGCAGGUUGGCUGUUCGGCUCCAAGGUUACUAAUGAGUUUGUGCACAUCAACAACCUGAAGCUCAUCUGCCGUGCACAUCAGCUGGUUCACGAAGGCUACAAGUUCAUGUUUGAUGAGAAGCUGGUGACCGUGUGGUCAGCGCCUAACUACUGCUAUCGCUGCGGAAACAUAGCAUCCAUCAUGGUCUUCAAGGACGUCAACAGACGAGAGCCCAAGCUGUUCCGCGCCGUCCCUGACUCCGAGCGUGUCAUACCUCCCCGAACAACCACCCCCUACUUCCUCUAAUGACAGAAGCCACUUCUCUCUCUCCACUCCACAUAUUUUAAGGAAUUAAUCGAAGUAAAAACCCUUUUAGGUCUACAGCAUCUUGAAUAGCAAAGGGUUUCUUCCAAAGCUACAGUCUCUUUGCACCACAUUUACUUUGUUCUGUCACAAAAAGAAAAAAAAAUUCUUUUCUACCCCUAAUGAGAAAAUGCUACCUUUUAAAUUCCCUCCAUAUUUUAAUAAGAAAAUGGUUUGAUUUUAAUUUUAUCUAUCCGACUAAAGCAAAUAAAGCAUUUAAACUGGUGGUAACUGCCAAUAAUACAUGUUCAAAUAAAGUUAUAUUUUAUUUAUCAGUGUAGCAGUUUGAGCUCAUGGUUGCCUUUUGAAAGACUGGACUACUUCUCUGUUGGGAUGACUGUUGUUUCUGGCAUUAGGAAAUAAGCUGUUGUAAUAAUUGUUCCUGUUUAAACACCAGCUAUUCAGCUGCUGAGCCCACCAGUCCCACAGCAUUCUGCCUUAACUGUGGGAUUCUUUUCAGUUUGUUUUUAAAAAGUAUCCUAUGUUACUGCAGACACAUUUUAUGAUGAGGUGAGUUGUUGCAACAGUGACUUUUAUAAGCAAUAUUUAAAUCUGAAAAUAACAUUUCCAGGGCAUUUGUAGCAGAGAAUGGUUCGAUUUGAUGUUGUUCCCCAGUUUUGUAAUUUCAAUAAAACAUUAUUCCUUAA